AUGACGAGCAUGAUCUUGAGUACAAGAGCAGCAUCUGCAAAAAUCAGAUAUCUGAUGAAAGACAUUUCUAAGCUUGUGAAGGUUGAAGAAGAGCACAAGUGGGAUAUGGGGAAUGAUUACCACGAGCUCAGGGAGCUAGCACGGAUGAAUGAAUGCGACUCAGUGAUGUUUUUCCAGUCAACGAAGAGGAUGGAUGGACUAUGGAUUGGGAUUUUAGACGGGACGUCUAUUUUUUUUAAGAUGCAUAAUGUGUCUACUGUGCGUGAGUGCAAUUUUCCGGUGAAUGUAUUUGUGGACUGUGGAUAUGUGUUGAUGUUCAGCAAGGAGUUUGAAGAGAUUGAGCAUUUGAAGUAUGUGAAGGAUGUUGUUGAGCAUGUGUUCAAGUCUAACGAGACGAAGGACAAGGCGCUGUGUUUUUUCUAUCUUGAUGGAAUGAUAUGGGUUAGAUGUUACAAGAUUGGGGAGGAUAUGGAGGAGAUUGGGCCAAGGGUAGUUCUUGAGGUUGUGAAGGUAUUUGAGAAGUGUUUUUCUGGCAAUUUUCUGUACAAGGCAACCAAAGAGCACAGAGGUCAAGAAGCGGAUUAA